AAUAAAUAAUAAAAUAUAUAAAAAGGAAGCCUCUCCUUCUCUUUCUCUUUCUCUUUCUCUCUAUGUUUUGUUUCUCUCUCCAACACACACACAUACACAGAAACAUUGCUCCCUGGCCGAACCCCAACCUCUCUCUCUUUCUCUCUCACACAACAAGUCACAACAAACAAACCAAACCCCGCAACUCAUUCAUUCACUCCCAAAACCAAACCCUUCUCUUUCCUUCAUUUCUCCCCAAUUGGAUCUGAUCUUCCUAAACCCACCCCCAUUUGAUCAGAUCGACAUUCUGCUCUCAGUCAGGGAAGGGCAUUUUCAUUGAAAUGGGAAUGCCCAAUCCCAAUCUCAACAACAACCCCUUCAUUAAACCAUGAACAAAACAAUCCUGGUUUCUUCAUCAUCAUCAUCAUCAUCUUCUUCUUCUCAACAACAAGAAUCACCGCAACACGAUUUCUUCUACGAAUCAAACGACCGUUUACUCUCUUCUUCUUGCUCUUGUUCUAACUCCAACUCCGAAGACGAAGACCAACAAGACCAAGAAAAAAACAAUCAUUCUACUAAUUACAAUUUUGCCCUUAACAGUUACGACAUAUGGAUCUCUCAACCUUCUUCCGUUUCCGAACGUCGUUCUCGUUUACUCCAAACCAUAGGUUUGUCAUCCGACCCUGCUCUUUCACGCGGUAAUCCUCUCCCACCUUACAAUGCCAUCUUCCGAUCCAAAUCUGACGGCAGUUACAAUGACAACAACUCUGUUCAUUCUAACAACUUUCUCUCUCUUCAUAACAACUCUUCUUCAUCUUCUCUUGUAAAUAAUAACUGUAUUCCCGCUAAUUGCGGCGGAUCCCCCGGGAAACCACCGUCCGGAAAGAAUUCUUCUCGAACAACAUCUCUUUCCGGUGGUGCUGAUUUUACUGCUUCUACAGCGGCAGAGAUUGUGGUUUCUGGUGAAAGUGAAACCAAGUGUGAUGAAAUUGAAAUAGGAGAGGAACAAGCUUGUACUAUUAGAGAUCUUGAUAAUGGAAAAGAGUUUGUUGUGAAAGAAAUUAGAGAAGAUGGAAUGUGGAAUAAAGUGAAAGAAGUUGCUACUGGUAGACAGUUGACUAUGGAGGAAUUCGAGAUGACGGUCGGUCAUUCUCCGAUUGUGCAGGAGCUUAUGCGGCGCCAGAAUCAUGAGGAAACCGGCGAUGGAAAUGUUGCCGGUAGUGGUGGUGGUGGUGGUGGCAUUAAUAAUAAUGGGAGUAUUUCUAAGGGGAAGAAGAAAGGAGGGAGUUGGUUGAAAAGUAUUAAGAGUGUAGCUAGUUCAAUGGCAGGUCAUAAGGAACGGCGGAGUAGUGAUGAGAGAGAUACUUCGUCGGAGAAAGGUGGUAGACGGUCGAGUUCAGCUACUGAUGAUAGUCAGGAUGGUUCAUUUCAUGGACCUGAGAGGGUGAGAGUGAGACAAUAUGGAAAAUCGUGUAAAGAGUUAACUGCAUUGUUUAAGAGUCAAGAGAUUCAAGCACAUAAUGGAUCGAUUUGGUGUAUUAAAUUUAGUUUAGAUGGGAAAUAUCUUGCUAGUGCUGGUGAGGAUUGUGUGAUUCAUGUUUGGCAGGUUGUGGAAUGUGAGAGGAAAGGGGAGUUGUUACUUAUGGAGAAACAGGAAGAUGUUAAUGUUAAUAUGUUGUUUCUUGUUAAUGGGUCGCCGGAACCCGCUUUGUUGUCUCCUUUGGCGGAUAAUCAUCCGGAAAGGAAGAGAAAAGGGAGGUCGUCCGUUAGUAGGAAAUCGUUGAGCUUGGACCAGUUUGUGGUCCCUGAAAAUGUGUUUGCACUCACAGAAAAACCCAUUUGCUCCUUUCAGGGUCAUUUACAUGAUGUGCUUGAUCUCUCUUGGUCUAAGUCUCAGCACUUGCUCUCAUCUUCAAUGGACAAAACAGUACGGCUGUGGCAUUUAUCUAGCAAGUCUUGUUUGAAGAUAUUUUCACACAGUGACUAUGUAACUUGCAUCCAGUUUAAUCCUGUUGAUGAUAAAUACUUCAUUAGUGGAUCUCUGGAUGCUAAGGUUCGCAUAUGGAGCAUUCCUGAUCGUCAAGUUGUUGAUUGGAUUGAUCUUCAUGAGAUGGUCACUGCUGCUUGUUAUACACCUGAUGGUCAGGGAGCACUAGUUGGCUCAUACAAGGGUAGCUGUCAUUUAUAUAAUACAUCCGAAAAUAAGUUGCAACAGAAAAGUCAGAUCAAUCUGCAGAACAAGAAAAAGAAAUCUAAUCACAAGAAAAUUACUGGUUUCCAGUUUGCCCCAGGAAGUUCGUCAGAAGUACUUAUCACAUCUGCUGAUUCUCGAAUCCGUGUUGUUGAUAGCAUUGAUCUGGUUCAUAAGUUUAAAGGCUUUCGAAAUGCAAGUAGCCAGAUUUCAGCCUCCCUCACAGCAAAUGGUAAAUAUAUUGUCGCAGCAAGUGAGGAUUCCCAUGUAUACAUCUGGAAAAACGAAGCUGAUUGCAGGCCUAACAGAAGUAAAGGUGUCACCGUGACACAGUCGUAUGAACAUUUUCACUGUAAAGAUGUGUCAGUAGCCAUUCCCUGGCCUGGUAUGGGUGAUGCAUGGGACAUGCAUGAUACAUUUUCUGCAGAACAACCUGAGCAUGAUAGUAGCAACAACGACGAAAUCUCAUCUGCCAAUCAUCCUCCUACCCCUGUAGAGGAAAACUUUGGUGUUGAGGGUUCACGAGCUGCUUCAGGUUACCAUAGUCCACAUCAUGCAACCAUUGCAAGUGCGACAAAUAGUUACUUUUUUGAUAGAAUUUCUGCAACAUGGCCAGAGGAAAAACUUCUUCUAGCCGCAAGAAAUCAAAGCCCUCGUGUCAGUAUAGAUUUCUCAAAUGGGGUAAGUCAAAAAAUGUCAGCAUGGGGUAUGGUGAUUGUUACUGCCGGUCUUCGAGGUGAGAUUAGAACUUUCCAAAAUUUUGGAUUGCCACUGCGAAUAUAAGAGGCGAUAGAAUAUGUAUGGCUAUAUGGCAUGGCGGGGAGUUAGUUGAUAUCAGCGCAGAAGGCAGUUGAUAUCACCUUCUCCAGUAGCUGGCAAAAACUGUACAGAAAAGCGGGUGAGAUUUGUAAUAUUAGCGGGGUUUAUUUAAUUUCUUUCCUUGUUCUUGUGCUUAUUGAAUGAAAGAUAGGUUAUCAUUCCAUUCAUGCACUUGGGGGGGAAAUGGGGGGGAACAUUGUUAAACAAAAAAAAAACAAACAAAAAAAAAAGAAGGAAAAAAUGGUACACCUGAAAUUUAGAAACCGAUGGAUGUAAUCGGUAAAUGUAGAGUAACGCGAGCAUGGGAAAAGUUUAUUCAAAUUAGAAAUGAUGAUUCUUUUACACUUGUUGCCUUGA